AUGGUGGAAGCCCUGAACAUGGAUCUCUCUGCGCUCCUGCAGAUGUCAAACGCCGAUGAACGACAGAUGCUGGCGUGGCUUCUGCAGGAUUCCCUCCCUAUUGCGGCGUCAUCUCCCACGCCUUCACGUGACGUGCCAGCUUCCAUAUCGGGUCCUCCUGUCUUGCACGUGGUGCUGGACAGCCGGAACAUUGCCAAGUGCGGCUCCAGUCUGGAUCUUCCGCGCCUCCCCAACAAACAGCAGCUGGCUCGAGCCUUCGAGUUCUUCGUGUCGCAUCAGCCGCUGGAAACUGUAUGGCUCUUUCUUUACCGUGAUCUUGCCGAGAAGUGGAGGGCAUGUGAACCUCUUGCGAAAUACAGUCAGCAGUGGGUCGUCACCCCGACCGGGGAAGAUGUGGAUGUAUUCUUGAUCAAUUUCGUGGAGACGAGAGAGCAAGAGGGCCAUGCGGCGGUCAUCGUCUCGAACGACUUGUUUCGAAAUCACGUGAGGUCUUCUCGCAUCACGGAUGCUUGGGUGCGUCAGCAUACCCUCAAGUUUACCUUCACCCAGUCGGGCGACUUCCUGUGUCCGUUGUACACGCCGGCAGCAAGCAGGGAACCAGGGACGCCUAGCACACAGACAGCCGCUUCUUCCUGCCACACCGUGCGGCCAAGCUCUGGGUGCAUGUCGGGCAACCGACGCGGUCGGGUGAAAAACGCAUUUGUCACGCAGCUGCACGCAAGUCAAGAAUUUUUGGGUUCAAGGACCACUGUGUGUGUGUGCGCGUCACUGCUACGAAUAGAUGAGAUGAAGGCCCAAGUGACCACCUGA